AUGGUAAACCUGAGGAGGGCGUGGGACACCUGCAGAGAGAUCCCCGUCAUUCAAGACGGAGAGAAACCCAGAAAGCGAGUCAAAUGCACUCAAUGGCUUUCCUACACCAUUGUCGGACUUCUUGUGUUUGCCCUAACCUUUUUCAGUAAGUCAUCGUUACUGCUCUUGAUCACACUCAUGCGCAAAGACACACUGACAAAGCCACGCACGGUUGUCUGCCUUGGCGGGGUUCUGAUCGCUCCCAGCAUUCUGCUGUUCAUAAAGAGCCUCUGGAAGUUCAUGUUCAAAGGCUCAGAAAAACCCUCCUGCAGUACGGUGUUAUGGGUGCUGUGCAUGGAAACCAUGGUGGCCCUUGGGGUCGCAGGUCUCACCAUUGUGGCGAUGCCACACUUCGACAUCGUCACCAAUGUGAUGCUGCUGAACAGCGUCAGCAUUUUGUCGGCAGUCCUGCAGGUGGCAGCUCAGUGCAAGGCUCAGGAGAGGAAAAGGUUCAUGAUCCCCCCACUCAUCUCUGUCAUCCUCGUUGUCUCUGGCUACGUGUUCCUCGUACUCGGCUAUUAUCAGGACAAAGCUGAAAAGGAGGCUUACCUAUGGAUUGGUGUUGCCAUUGCGGGGACACUGUGCGUUUCUCUGAACUGGUGGGAGAAUUUCAGCACCCUCUUUAAGGUCACCUUCUUAGACAAUAUAGCCAGAGACAGUGCCAAGUCCAGAAAUGUUGUGUGUAUCCUUUCCAGCAUGGUCCGAAUCCUGGUCACGGUGGCCGUGGUGGUGGUCUACUUCCCACUAUCUGGUCUAAACUGGUCAUCGGUGCAGGCUGCCCUGCAGCAAAUAGAAGCAGUUACCUUAGGCCUGACCGCAAUCCAAGUCACCUGCUCUGCAGUUUGCCAUUGGUUUGUGGUGGUGGCCUGCAAAAUGCAUGCGCACAGACUGAGCUUUGUCGUCCCGAUGCACCUAGCCUCACUUGCUGUCCUGACAGGCUUCCUAACAAAUGUCCUGAUCACUCCUCAGAUUUGUCAGGUUUCCAGCAACUGUACCGCUUUUCAGGACAGCAAUGGAAACCAGGAUCAAAUCAGUAUGUUCGACCAGCUCAUAAGGAACGUCAGCCAAACCUUCUAUGACCGCUCCAUAGUGAGGAAUUCGGACACGAUAGGUCUAGUUUUUCUUGGCAGCUCAGCACUCUGCUGGUGGCUGAGUCUGGUGCUGUGCACUGUGUACAUCUGGUCCCUCAAGAUCCAGCGCAUAGAGCGGACCCAGGACCUGUUCGUGCGCCGUCUGUACGAGGCAGCCCUCCUGGAGCAAGCCAUGCUGCUCAACACGCGCUUCACUCUCCUCAAGAAGAAAAAAGAAAAGCGAAAUAAGGAUGCUGUGAUCGUGUACCUGUGUGCUACCAUGUGGCAUGAAACCUACGACGAGAUGAUGAAAAUUAUUAUCUCCAUGUUCAGACUGGACAAGUACAGGCCAAGGACCAAGUCACAUACAGACGUGACCUUUGAGUCCCACAUUUACUUUGAUGAUGCUUUCACAGACGUGGAGGGGAGCAGGGAGCGCCAUGUUAAUGAAUAUGCAGAGACUCUGGUAGAGGUCAUCAAGGAAGUCUACAUGAUCUUUAGUGAGGAGGACACCUGUAUCUUUAAGAAGAGAAAACCACUCCCCUGUCAGAAAAUUCUACAAACCCCAUAUGGAGGUCGCCUGAAAUACACACUUCCUCAUGGCAAUGUGCUGAUGGUCCACUACAAGGACAAACAGCUGAUCCGACACAAAAAGCGGUGGUCCCAGAUUAUGUACCUCUACUAUUUACUUGGCUGGAAACUCAACAGCAAGUAUUCCAGGCGGUUUAUGGAAGGUGAAAGCGAGGACACGCUGAAAGAGAAGCUAAAGAAAGAAAAAGAAAACACAUACAUCCUGGCACUGGAUGGAGACACAGACUUCCAGCCUGCUGCCGUCAUGCUAUUGGUUGACCGGCUCAAACUGUACCCAGAAGUGGGCGCAGCCUGCGGCAGGAUUCACCCUACUGGCACAGGUCCCAUGGUUUGGUACCAGAAAUUUGAGUAUGCUGUUGGCCACUGGCUGCAGAAGACUGCAGAACAUGUGUUCGGCUGCGUGCUCUGCAGCCCGGGCUGUUUCAGCCUGUUCCGUGGAGCCGCCCUCAUGGACGACAACGUCAUGAAGAAAUACACAACCAAGCCUUGCGAGGCCUCCCACUACGUCCAGUACGACCAAGGCGAAGACCGCUGGCUGUGUACAUUGCUGCUGCAGCAGGGAUGGCGGGUGGAAUACAACGCCGCCUCAGAUGCCUACACCAACGCCCCCCAAGACUUCAAAGAGUUCUACAACCAGAGACGGCGCUGGGGGCCAUCCACCAUGGCCAACACCAUCGACCUGCUGGGGUCCGGCACGCUGACCUCACAGAGAAACAGCUCCAUCUCCAAACCAUACAUUCUCUACCAGAUCAUCAGCAUGGCUGCCUCCAUCCUCGGCCCGGCCACCAUCUGCUUGAUGAUUGCAGGAAGUUUUACCUUCAUUUUGUCCAUGCAUCCCAACCAUGCACUUAUCCUGGCCACGGUGCCACCCGUUAUUUACCUUAUCCUGUGCUUCAAGCUGAAGGCUGACACACAGAUCACCAUAGCAGCCGUUAUGAGCGUGUUCUAUGCGUUCCUCAUGACUGCAACCAUCCUCUCUGUCGUAGGCCAGAUGGUUCGGGAGCAGACCUUUAUGACACCCAGCGGCCUUUUCUUCAUUGGCAUGGUCCUGAUGUAUGUGGUGACUGCAGCACUUCACCCCCAGGAGUUCCCCUUGGUCGCUUUCGGCUUCGUGUACUUCCUGUGUAUUCCCAGUGGCUACCUCCUGCUUGCCAUCUACUCCAUAGUCAACAUGAACAACGUGUCCUGGGGUACCCGCGAAAAGAAGAAUCUGUUUGUCUUCCAAAGAGAGGAUAUUCCUGUGUGUCUGAUGCAUUUCAUCCCUUUUGUUUCCUAGGAGGAGGAGCAUUUUUGGAUAGAGCUUCAGGAGCGGUACCUGGAGCCGCUUGCUGAAGACAAAGAAAAACAGCAGAAAAUUGCCAAGGACCUGAAAGAGCUCAGAAAUAAGGUGGCAUUUGUCUUCUUCAUCUGCAAUGCCCUGUGGCUGGUGGCCACCUUCUUCCUGCAGACUAUCGGCACGGCUGUCAGCAUCCAGAUCCCAAAGAUUUACGUUAACGGGACGAUUGCACCAGGAGAGUACAUUUUCCUCGACCCAAUUGGACUGAUGUUUCUGCUGGGAUUCUUCACUCUGUUGCUGGUGCAGUUUUUUGCAAUGCUUUACCACAGAGUCUACACACUGAUCCACUUUGUUUCCUACACUGGAACCGAGAUUAAAGCCAUGAAGAAAGAAGCUAAACAGUCUACAGACAACCUGAACAAUAAAGUCAAGGUUUCAAACCCUGCCGAUAGGAUUCAGCCUGUGCUCAAAACGAAUGCCUUCCUGACUGAGCUGCUCAGGAUGCCGUCAACCUUCCUUUUACCAGUCACAGAACCAAGAGGUGAUUUUCUCCUGAGCACGGCAAUGGCGAUUCAGGGGGGUCUCCAGGUGUGGUUUGGGGAGAAGUUUGAUACUCCCGUCUUGAGUCCUCGCAGUCCCCUGACGCCGCGUCAUGGCCCGGGAUUGGCCGACGUCUUCCAGUAUGACCAGUGGCUGGCGGUGCGCCACGAGGCAACCCUGGUGCCCAUGCAGGAAGACCUGGCGAUCUGGCUAACAGGCAUGCUGGCAAAAUCUCUCUGA